AGUCUCACCCGGAAGCCGAAGAGAAAGUGACAGAUCGCGGAGAGGGUAAACAUUCGGGUUUGUGCUCGGUUAGAGGGAGAGGGGGAGAGAGAAGCUCCAGGGGCGCAACCAUGGGCAAAAAGGUGGUGAUCUUCGGCUCCACCGGGAUGACGGGACUCGCUACCCUGCGGCAGGCAAUCGAUGCAGGUCACAAGGUCACCGUUCUGGUCCGUGACCCAGCCAGACUGCCAGCUGAACGUGAAGGGGUAAAGGUCAUCGUCGGUGACGUCCUCAAUAAGGAAGACGUCCAGAAGGCAGUCAAAGGACAGGAUGGAGUCAUCAUUAUCCUGGGAACCGGGAAGGACCUGAGCCCCACUACUAUGAUGUCCGAGGGAACCAAGAACAUUAUCGAAGCAAUGAAGACCCAUCAUGUGAGCAAGGUGGUGGCCUGUAUGUCAACGUUCCUUCUAUGGGAUGAAGCCAAGAUCCCACCACGACUGUUGGACUUGACGAAGGACCACCAGAGGAUGUAUGAAGUACUGAAGAAGUCUGGGCUGGACUAUGUGGCUGUAUUUCCACCUCAUAUUGCUGAUGAACAUCCUCUGACCGGAACUUACACCAUAUCAGUUAAUGAAAAGGGAGGCCGGGUGAUCUCGAAACACGACCUGGGACAUUUCUUCCUCAAGUGCCUGACGACUUCGGAAUAUGAUGGGAAGUUUGUCUGUGUGUCCAGGGACUACACGCAUUCGUGACACCAAGAAGAGUUUACACUGAGUAGGGAAUGGGCGGUGCUGUCCCACAUUAACAACCCUCUCUAAUUAUCAGGAGCCAGGGUAAUAAAUGUAUGAUGUAAA